AUGUUGACCCUACCACUACGAGGGUCUUCCUCUCCAGCCGUUCCAUAUUCCUCUGAAUUCGAAGUCGAUCUUGAUGAUUCCAUGAUAGAUGAGGAUGAGCAUGAUACUCGGCGGAGUAAACCUGAAGAGGUGACUGUGUGCCUCGUCUUAUAUUCCCUACAAUUUGCUCUGAACCUCUGCCUCCGCCAGAACCACGAAGAGCACAAAGAGGUGCGGCCACGCGUCGAGCGCAGAAAAGCCACCACCCGUUUCACCGGCAUGCACGAAUUUGUUGCAGAAGAUGAUGGUGGCGUUUGCAGAAUGGACUGGCAGUCCCACGGAUGGAUGAUGGGACAUCCGUACUUAGCCAUUCUCGAGGCCAAGCGUGCGUUCAAAUACAUCCAUAGUGAUGACCGGACGGGAGACUGCAAACCAGUAGUGUCAAACGAGACACUUGCUCAGUAUCUUGGAGAAGCGGUUAUAACAUGGAGAGCAAACCGAGAUCUCCUAGGGCAAGAGGAGUAUACGGGCAGUGUUUUCCUUAUCGCGGCAACAAAUACUUUCCUCCGUUUUGACUGA